UGGGAGAUUCCAUGUGAUUAUCGUUCACAUAUUUAUCAAUUUGAGUGUGUCAGACGUGUCAGAAUAAUAACAAAUCUCCAUAGUUCGCGUUCUAGCUUACAAAAAUUUUCAAUAUGGAGUGGUUCGGGUGGUUAAUUUUCGCUUUUGAAAUGUGUGGAAAGUUCUUUGAUUUCCUAAACCGACAGGGAUUCAACUCAUUGUGCUUGCCUCCUCCACCAAAAAUAUCUUGCGAAACAUUUUGUGUAUAUUUUGACAGAUACAAAAUUUCAAUGUUAAUACUUUUCGCAAUCUUCGCAAUAGUAUUUGUAUUCCUGAUAUUACUAUGGAUAUCACAUAAAAAACGAAUGAAUUUUGAAAUCUGUUAUUGGGAUUCAGAAAUUAAAAAACUUCAGCUCAUUUUACAUGAUUUAAGAAGGCUCAAAGACGAAGCUGAGGAAGAAACGAUGCUGAGAGAUUCAAAAAUUAAUCAACUUCAACUUAAUUUACAGAAUUUGAGGAGACAUUACAGAAGGCUCAAAGACGAAACUGAGGAAGAAACGAUGCUGAGAGAUUCAAAAAUUAAUCAACUUCAACUUAAUUUACAGAAUUUGAGGCAACUUAACAGCAAAUUGAAAGACGAUGCAGAGAGAGAGAAAAGACCAAAAAAUAUUGAAAUUGCUAGUGAUAUCGAUUCGUGCAAUUCCAUAAUUGAUCGCCUAAAAAGUUUUGACACAGAAUAUAGAGCCUUGGGUUUCGACUGCGAAUGGAUUGCUUCUGGACAACGACGAUCACGAGUAGCUUUGAUACAAUUAGCUACAGCCAGUGGGAUCUGUGGCCUCUUUAGAAUAAAUAAAAUCGGACAUGUUCCUGACACAUUGAAAGAUGUUCUAAAAGACAAGACAAUAAGGAAAGUUGGUGUCAAUUCUGCUCUCGACGCUCGAUAUCUCAGGAUGGACUAUAAUGUUGAAAUGUCAAGUGUAUUAGAUCUUAGGAGCAUAGCUCCUGAAUGGUGUUUCGACAUGGGACUAGAGAGAAUGGCUAAGAAAUUUCUAAAUAUUGAGUUAGACAAGAAGUCAGGUAUAUCGUACUCAAACUGGGAAAAUUCCGAACUUACUAACGAACAGAUUGACUAUGCCGCCAAGGAUGCCAUUGUGGGAAUUAAACUUUACAAUUAUUUCAAUAAACAUUGUGAUCAAAUGACUCAAACUGCCGAGGAUUGCUACGCAUGCAUGCUCGAAAAUUUGAAUACUAACACGGAGACUACACAGGGACUAAGGCGAAGGCGUCGUCGCAAGAAGAAAAAGACAGCAGCAGUUGUAUAAAAAUUACAUAAUCUCUUCCUAGCUCCUAGAGUGGAUCACUACUACGCACAAACCCAGAUCCUUCAACACUACCUCACCACCGAGAAUGAUUGUUCUUUUUGAGGAUCAUAGGGGUUCGGGAGCCAUGGAGGACUCUACUGGUGUCCUUGUAUAUGAAUAAAGCUUUUUUUAAGAGAUA